AGUCAACCUCUGGAAGUAAGUCAGCUCUACUAUGAAAGAAAAGUGCGGAAUGUCGCAAGAAGUAAAGUGAUUUCGACCAGAUGUCGCUUGUCUCCACAUCUCCCCUCGUCUCCAGAAGAGGAUGGCGCAGCAGUGGAGGGCCUGUGCGCGCCAGGUCGGGGCGGGUAUAAUAAAGGAAUUUGAUAUCUUCAUGGCAACAGCUUGGCAAAAGCGUUGACUACAGAGUGAGGCUCAAGUCCACUUCCUAACAGUUUGCAAGAGUCCGCCCAGUGAGUUGCAACCCCUUCUAUCAGGAAGAAUCUUAUUUCUUUCGCCGCCCCGCAGCCCCUGAAGGGGACAGUCUCAAAGGUUGUGUCUGUCGUGACUUGAUCCCCUCUUCUCACCACGCUUCCCCCACCCUCCCAGCAAUCGCCGUCAUCCCGCCCUUUCUCCACCUCCUGCCUUGAAAAUGGGUACAGACAGGUCCUGGAACAACCUACGGAGAGAGAGGCUUCAUUGGUUGGAUCCAAAUCCUAGCAGGAGGGAGGGGGAACAGGAGGGAAAAGCUAAGCAAUGCUGUGUGGUGGGGACGCACUUGGGGUAGGGGGUUGUAGACCCGAGGAGGGGCAGGAGACUCUGGUCCUGCUCCCCAGAGUUAAAGAUCGGAAAGAACUUGCUCAGCGUAGCGGUGCAAGCGCGCCAGUGUUAACCCCGAAAGCUUCAGGAGGCGGGCACGAAAGGGUGUUGAGCGGUAUGCAUAGCUCUCCAUACACAUUGAGAGCUGCGCGAGAAAAGGAGGGGGCGAGGAAAGGCAGGUUCCGCCUCCCCCCGGCCCGCGUGCACACACGCGCCCACCGCGGCUCGGGCCGGCUGAGCGCGGGCGAGAGUGAGCGCGGGCGAGUGUGAGCGCGAGUGUGCGCACGCCGCGGAGAGCCUCUGCCCUCGCCUCGCACCCUGCUCAGGGCAUCUUAAGAGGCUGGAAACGUGAACAGGCUUAAAGUAUGGCAUGUUGCAAAAAUGGUUUCUGCCAAGAAGGUACGCGCGACCGCGACAUCCUCCGGGGUCAGUUUCGCCCUCCUACACUUCCUGUGCCUGGCGGCUUGUUUAAACGAAACCCCAGGACAGAACCAAAAAGAGGAGAAAUUAUGCCAGGAAAAUUUUACCCGCAUCCUGGACAGUUUACUCGAUGGUUAUGACAACAGGCUGCGUCCCGGAUUUGGGGGUCCUGUUACUGAAGUAAAAACUGACAUAUAUGUCACAAGCUUUGGACCAGUUUCCGAUGUUGAAAUGGAAUACACAAUGGAUGUGUUCUUCAGACAGACAUGGAUUGACAAAAGACUAAAAUAUGAUGGCCCUAUUGAAAUUUUGAGAUUGAACAAUAUGAUGGUAACAAAAGUAUGGACCCCUGAUACUUUCUUCAGGAAUGGAAAGAAAUCUGUCUCCCAUAAUAUGACAGCUCCAAAUAAGCUUUUUAGAAUUAUGAGAAAUGGCACUAUCUUAUACACGAUGAGACUCACCAUAAGUGCAGAGUGUCCCAUGAGAUUGGUGGAUUUCCCCAUGGAUGGUCAUGCAUGCCCUCUGAAAUUUGGGAGUUAUGCAUAUCCGAAGAGUGAGAUGAUUUAUACCUGGACGAAAGGUCCUGAGAAAUCAGUAGAAGUUCCAAAGGAGUCUUCCAGCUUAGUUCAAUAUGAUUUGAUUGGACAAACCGUAUCAAGUGAAACUAUCAAAUCCAUUACGGGUGAAUAUAUUGUUAUGACGGUUUACUUUCACCUCAGACGGAAGAUGGGUUAUUUUAUGAUUCAGACGUACAUUCCAUGCAUUAUGACAGUGAUUCUUUCUCAAGUUUCAUUCUGGAUAAAUAAGGAAUCAGUUCCAGCUAGGACUGUAUUUGGAAUAACCACAGUCCUCACCAUGACCACACUGAGCAUCAGUGCACGGCAUUCUUUGCCUAAAGUGUCCUAUGCUACUGCCAUGGAUUGGUUCAUAGCUGUCUGCUUUGCUUUUGUAUUUUCGGCCCUCAUUGAGUUUGCGGCUGUCAACUAUUUUACCAAUGUUCAAAUGGAAAAAGCCAAAAAGAAGACAUCAAAAGCCCUCCAGGAAAUUCCGGCUGCUCCAGUGCUGAAAGAAAAGCAUCCUGAAGCACAUCUGCAGAACAUAAAUGCCAAUCUGAACAUGAGAAAAAGAACAAAUGCCCUGGUUCACUCUGAAUCCGAUGUUGGUAGCAGAACCGAGGUGGGAAACCAUUCGAGCAAAUCUUCCACAGUUGUUCAACGAUCCUCUGAAGCCAUGCCACAGUCUUACUUAGCUUGCAGUCCAAACCCGUUCAGCCAUGCAAAUGCAGCUGAAACUAUAUCUGCUGCGAGAGCCCCUCCAUCUGCUUCUUCUUCUACUCCUAGUGGAACUGGGUAUGUGCCUCGACCAGCUUCAGUUGCAUCUGCUUCUACCCACCGCGUAUUUGGAUCAAGACUGGAGCGAAUUAAGACCACAGUUAAUACCAGAGGGGCUUCUGGGAAGUUGUCAGCCACUACUCCUCCCUCAGCUCCACCACCUUCUGGAUCUGGCACAAGUAAAAUAGACAAAUAUGCCCGCAUUCUCUUUCCAGUAACUUUCGGGGCGUUUAACAUGGUCUAUUGGGUUGUUUAUUUAUCGAAGGACACUAUGGAAAAAUCAGAAAGCCUAAUGUAAUUUUGUUGCUAUAGUAGUUUCCUAAAAGAUGAUGAACUUAAUGCAGAAUGUCUUUUUAAAUGUUUUUAAAGAUAAACAAUUAUUCUUUACUAAAAU